AUGUUCUUCUGCCUGGCCAGAAUGUUGGCAUUUCCAAUGAAGGAACCAUUUUGCUUCCUUUGGGUUGCUUAUGUUUUCAUUUUUCCACUUGGUCUGCGAGGAACCGAAGCUUUUCAAUGUGGCAAUGGAGUUUCCUUGCCCCCUGACAAUGUGUGUGACUUCAUGGAUCAGUGUGGGGACAACAGUGAUGAACAGCAAUGUGCAAAUUAUGAAAGAUGCGAUUUUGAGGAUGGCCUCUGCAAUAUGAAACAAGAUGAAAACCUGCAACUUAGUUGGGCCAAAAAAAAUGGGGAGACUGGUCCUUCACCUCCAUUUUCUGAUCACAAAGGUGACAUAUCAGCCUACUUCCUCUCACUGGUAUCCAGAGUGGAUUCUCCUUCCUCAAUUUUAAGGAGCAGAGUUUUUCUUCCCACAGAUGGUCAGCAUGUUUGUCAGAUUACAUUUUAUGAUUUCUUCAGUCACCUGAGUGGCAAACUGCUGGUAGGUCUUCAAACUAGGUGUGGCAGUCCUGUUCAACAUGUAUGGCAAAACACAGCUGGGUUACAAAAUCAAUGGAAAAGAAAUGUCAUCACAAUCCAGAGCUCACAGAAAUUUCAGGUUGUUUUUCAAGGUCAAAUGAUUGAAAAUUAUGAACAGGAUGAAGUCAUUGCUAUUGAUGAUAUAUCUUUUGGGAUAAGUUGCUUGCCUGCAGAUGAUGAGAUGUUACCAUGUCAGGAAGCAUCAAAUAAUGAGCAAGAACUAUGCCACCCACAUGUGGAUCUCUGCAAGUUUGAGUCUACAGAUCGACAAAUGAGGUUGUGUGAGGUCUGUGGAUUUGAUGUGGACACAUGUGACUGGGCUUCGGAGGAUUUCUCUGGGAAAGCUUCCUGGAUUCGCACAAAAGCAAAUGAGGUCCCUGAAGUAGCAUUUGCACCACAAGUGGAUCAAAGCGGCAAUGAGGAAGGUUUCUAUUUAUGGAUGGGGGCCAAGAGUGCUUUAAACAGUCAGGCUUAUCUACACAGCUCUGUGUGUCACUGCUUCGCCAAGAAGUGCCAUCUCCAAUUCCAUUACUCCAUGGAAAACAGUGUUCUGCGAGUAGGUUUGCAUACUAAUAAGGAUGAAGCAACAUUUUGGACAUACAAUACAUCAACUCACAGAAAAUGGGUAAAAGCUGAUGUGUUAAUACCAGAAGAAUUGAAGACAUUUCAGAUUGUUUUUGAAGGUGUUAUUUUGAGCCCGAGCAGUUUUAUUGGGCUUGAUCAAAUAUGGGUCUAUGCUUGUGGACACAACAACUCCAGACACAAUUGCUUUGUGGAUGAAUUUUCUUGUGCCAGUGGCCAAUGCAUUGCCCAAGAACCACCCUGUGACCCUCAGCAGGACUGCUAUGAUGGAGAUGAUGACGACAUAGUAACUUUUUCAAAUUAUCUCAACUGUGACUUUGAGGCUGGGGUCUGCGGCUGGAAACCAUUUCUCAAAGAAGAUUCACACUGGGAGCUGGUGACAGAACUGAGCAAUGGAGAGCACCAUUUCCCAAAAGCUGAUCACACAACAACCACAGAUCGUGGAUCAUUUAUUUCUUUUUGGUCAUAUCAACCCCCUGCAAUUGCUAGGCUUGGAAGUCCUACCCUUAUCAAACUGCUCACAGCCUCUCCUCCAUGUCAGGUGCAGUUUUGGUAUCAUUUGUCUGAGCAUGCAUAUCUGUCAGUUUUCACAAGAACAUCUCUUGAAGGUGAUUUGCAAAAGCAAGGGGAAGUCAUAGGAUUUUCUGAAUCUGACUGGAGUCAAGCAACAAUUGAUCUUUCUAUGAAUGCUGGAGAAGCUACUCGGCCUUUCCAGUUAAUUUUAGAAGCUACAGUUUUGUCAUCAAAUGCUAUCAUUGCUGUAGAUGACAUCAGUGUCUCCCAGGAGUGUGAAAUUUCCUGUAAGUCACUCCCAGGCACCAGCACACAAAAUGCAGUUUCCAAUUGUGAUUUUGAAGCAAACAGCUGUGGUUGGUUUGAAGCAAUUGGUGGUGACCAUUUUGAUUGGCUGUGGGGUUCCCCAACUGAUCUUCCUGCUGAGUUUGAACACCAGGCCCCUCGUCGGGAUCAUACCCACAACACAGCCCAAGGGCAUUUCAUGUUCAUUUUGAAGAACAGCAGCAGCUUGUCUCAAGUUGCUAAGCUCCAGAGCCCAACGUUCAGCCAGACAGGUUCUGGAUGCACGCUUUUCUUCUGGUUUUAUAACUAUGGCCUGUCCGUUGGAGCAGCUGAACUACAGCUACAUGUGGAAAACUCCAGUGACUCCACAGCCAUCUGGCGAGUGUUAUAUAACCAGGGCCACCAGUGGUCCCAGGCAGCAGUUCAGCUAGGGCGCCUCACCCAGCCCUUCUACUUGUCACUAGAAAAAGUCAGCCUUGGCAUUUAUGAUGGGGUCUCAGCUAUUGAUGAUAUCAGAUUUGAAAACUGUAUGCUUCCUACUCCGUCUGAAAGCUGCGAGGAGCCAGAUCACUUCUGGUGUCGACAUUCCAAGGCUUGUGUAGAAAAGCUUCAGUUGUGUGACCUGGUCGAUGACUGUGGUGAUGGAACUGAUGAGGAUGACUGUGCGCCCGAACUGCAGUGUGACUUUGAAAAUGGACUGUGUAACUGGGAACAAGAUACGGAAGAUGACUUUGAUUGGACCAGGAACCAGGGUUCUACUACCACACUGAACACAGGACCAAUGAAGGACAACACUUUGGGCACCACUAAAGGACACUACCUCUACAUAGAAUCUUCGGAGCCGCAGGAUUUUCAGAACCGUGCUUCCCUCCUCAGCCCAAUUCUGAAUGCCACAGCUCCAAGGGGCUGCACCUUCCGCCUGUUCUACCACAUGUUUGGAAAGCACAUCUACAGACUCGCCAUUUACCAGCGAAUCUGGAGCAAUUCGAGGGGGAAACUGCUGUGGCAGAUAUUUGGGGAUCAAGGAAACAGAUGGAUAAGGAAACUUCUCAAUAUUUCCAGCAGAAACCCCUUUCAGAUUUUGGUGGAAGCUUCAGUAGGAGAUGGUUUCACUGGAGACAUUGCAAUCGAUGAUUUGUCAUUCUUGGACUGCACACUCUACCAAGGUAAUUUGCCAGUGGAUAUCCCAACUCCAUCAAAACCUUCGGUUCCAGUUACAUUACCUCCACAUAAUUGCUCAGACAAUGAAUUUGUCUGCAGGUUGGAUGGUCACUGUGUUGGAAAAAUUCAGACGUGUGACUUCAGGUAUGACUGCCCUGACAAAUCAGACGAAUUAUCCUGUGUUACAGACGUUUGCACAUUUGAAAAAGGUAACCUUUGUAAAUGGUACUGGCCAGUCUCUGCAAAUAUAUUUCAAGACUCAAAUACCUUCAGGUGGGGACUUGGUAGUGGAGAAAGUAUUCAUCUUGGAGAGGAAAAGCACAGGCCAUCAGUAGAUCAUACAAAAAAUACCACAGAUGGCUGGUACCUGUAUGCGGAUAGUUCUAAUGGGAAAUUUGGUGACAUUGCUGAUAUCUUGACUCCUGUCAUCUCACUCACUGGACCAAAGUGUACCUUGGUGUUUUGGACUCAUAUGAAUGGUGCCACAGUGGGCUCUCUCCAGGUACUCACCAGGAAAGGCAAUGAUACUUCUAAAGUAUGGGCUCAAACUGGACAGCAAGGUGCACGGUGGAAAAAAGUAGAAGUAUUUUUAGGCACUCAUUCCUUCACAGAGAUUAUCUUCAGGGCAAAGCGUGGUGUUAGUUACAUAGGAGACGUAGCAGUGGAUGAUGUUUCCUUUCAAGAUUGUUCCCCUUUACUAAUCCCAGAAAGAAGCUGUACUGCUCAAGAAUUUAUGUGUGCUAAUAAGCACUGCAUUGCCUUGGACAGACUGUGCGACUUCGUGAAUGACUGUGCUGACCACUCAGAUGAGACCCCCUUCAUCUGCGGGACCUCCAGGGGGCGCUGUGAUUUUGAAUUUGACCUGUGCUCCUGGAAGCAGGAUCAGGAUGAUGACUUUGACUGGAGUCUGAAAGCUAGCAGCCUCCCAACUACAAGUUCAGAGCCAGCAGUUGACCAUACCUUGGGAAAUUCAUCGGGACAUUACAUAGUUAUAAAGAGCUUUUUCCCGCAGAAGCCCAUGAGGACAGCGAGAUUAUCCAGCCCAGUUAUAAGUAGGAGAAGCAAAGACUGCAAGAUCAUUUUUCAUUGUCACAUGUAUGGAAGUGGCCUGGGAACCCUUGCCUUGAUCCAGGUAUCAGUCUCAAACCAAACAAAGGUUCUUCUUAACCUCACUAAAGAGCAAGGCAAUUUCUGGCAGAGGAAAGAAUUACCACUGUUUGGUGAUGAAGACUUCCAACUCAUAUUUGAAGGCACAGUUGGGAAAGGCUAUCAUGGCAACAUCGCACUUGAUGAUAUUGUGCUCACAAAAAGUUGUCUAUCAUCACACCAUUACAUGGAGGAAUUGGAUGGACCUCUCCAAACAGGUUACUGUCCAUGUGGGUACCAUGCAUGCCAGAAUGGCAAAUGCUAUAAACCAGAACAAAGAUGUAAUUUUAUAAAUGACUGUGGGGAUAAUACAGAUGAAGGUGAUUGUGGUGGCUCCUGUACUUUUGAAAAAGGCUGGUGUGGCUGGCAAAACUCUCUGGCUGAAAACUUUGAUUGGGUCUUGGGGAUUGGCUCUCCUCAAAGCCAGAGGCCCCCCAGAGAUCAUACUCUUGGAAAUGAAAAUGGGCACUUCAUGUAUCUGGAGGCUACCCCAGUGGGGCUUCGGGGUGACAAAGCCCACUUCAAGAGCGCUGUAUGGCAAGAAUCCAAUGCUGCCUGCACCAUGAGCUUCUGGUAUUUCAUUUCUGCAAAAGCCACGGGGUCCAUUCAGAUCCUCAUUAAGACAGAAAAAGGAUUGUUAGAAGUAUGGCAGGAAAGCCACCCUGGUAAUCACUGGCAAAAAGCUUCUAUCCUUCUUGGAAAGUUAAGAAAUUUUGAAGUCAUAUUUCAAGGUGUCAGAACAAGGGAUCUGGGAGGAGGAGCUGCAAUCGAUGACAUUGAAUUUCACAACUGCACAACCAUUGGAGAGGUUUCUGAGAUUUGCUUGGAAGCUACGGAUUUUUUGUGCCAGAACAAGAAGUGUAUUCCAUCCUACCUUGUGUGUGACUAUAAGCCAGACUGCCAGGACAGAUCUGAUGAAGCUCACUGUGGCUAUUAUACAAAUACCACCGGAAGCUGUAAUUUUGAAACACCUUCAGGAAACUGGACCACAGCCUGUAGUCUUACUCAAGGUCCGGAGAAUGACUUGGAUUGGACCAUUGGUAACAGAAUUCCUACCGAAGCAUCAAGUCCAGAUUCUGAUCAUACACCAGGUAGUGGCCAAUAUUUCCUGUAUGUCAAUUCUUCUGGGUCCAGCGAAGAGUCCACUGCAAGAAUCAUGACCACCAAGCACUUCCCAGCAAGCCUUGGGGUGUGUACUGCCCGAUUCUGGUUCUACAAGGUCGAUCCUCAGAGGCUGGGGAUAUUAAAGGUGUACAUCAUUGAGGAAUCAGGACUAAACAUCCUGGUGUGGUCAUUGAUGAGAAAUGAAAGACUGGAAUGGACCUAUGGGCAUGUACAUCUUUCCAGUAACAGUCCAUUUAAGGUGGCAUUUGAAGCUGAUUUGGGUGGCAAUGAUAUCUUUAUUGCUCUCGAUGACAUCUCUUUCACUCCAGAGUGCAUGUCUGGAGGUCCUGUCACAACUCAGCCAUCACUCUGUGAAGCUCAUCAGUUCGCUUGCAUCUACACAGCACAGUGUAUCCCCAGCUCAAGGAAGUGUGAUGGGCUGGAAGAUUGCAUAGACGGAUCUGAUGAAAUGGAUUGCUCUCUGGGCCCUUCCCCUUGGCUCUGUGGUGACAGGGAAUUCCAGUGCUCAGCAAGCCAGUGCAUCCCGUCCCUCCUGCUCUGUGAUGGAGUGGCUGACUGUCACCUUAAUGAAGAUGAAUCCAGCUGCUCCAAUCAGAGUUGCCCAAACGGGGCUCUGGUAUGCCCGUCCUCUAAGAGCUGCAUCCCCACUCACCAGCGCUGUGAUGGCAUCGCAGACUGCAUAGACUCCCAACUCGAUGAGUCCAGCUGCUCAGAGUGCCCGAGAAGUUAUUGCAAAAACGGCGGGACUUGUGUGGUGCAGAAAAACGGUCCUAUGUGUUGGUGUGGGCACGGAUGGACAGGAAAUCGCUGCCACAUCAAGUUGAACCCUCCUACUUCAGAUUUCGUGGAUACUCAUAUUAACAUACGGACUAUUCUGGGUAUAGGCGUGGCCUUCCUGAUGACUCACAUUGCGGUGGCCAUCUUGUGCUUUCUUGCAAACAGAAAGGCACCAGUGAGGAAAACAGAGAGAAGUGGUAACUGUGCCUUUGUCAAUCCUGUUUAUGGGAAUUGGAACAACCCAGAGAAAAUCGAGAAUUCUGUGUACUCCUUCUCAAAUCCAUUUUAUGGAACAACACCUAGAAACUUGGAAAUCAUAUCUCAUCAUCCCAAAUCAUAACAUCAAGUAUAUUCCAGUAUGUGAUCUUUACAGAAAAUUCCAAUCUCCAAGCUGAUCUUGUAGGAUGGUAAAAAUAAAAAGAGAGAUUCAAAAUGUUAGCAUAAUCACAACAUUUAUUAAAAAAAUUC